CACCGUUCUAUCUCAUGAGUCAACUGGCCACUUUCCCCCAUGAGCUCUUGACCAAGAUCAUGUCCCAUUUAAACAAUGGUGACAUAUUGAAUUGCGUGUAUAUAAACAGAAAUUGGAAUUAUGUUGCUUGUGCCUACUUCUUGUAUCGAAACCUGCGCCUUGCCAAUACACGAACGUUGAACGCCUGCUUGGAUAUGAUGGAUCAGACCGCACUGAAAAGAAACUCUCCAGGGCAACAAAGCGAAUAUUCAGGCAGAAACUAUGGGGCAUAUGUGAAAUGCGUGGACCUGUCAUACGAUGGUUCCAACAUGGUCCUGGAUGAAUACAAGUUAACUCGACUAGCAACCCACUGCCACAACUUGGAAAUACUGAACAUUCGGAAUAGCCACGAUCUACGAGAUAAAUGGGUGGCUGAGAUAUUAAAGAGAUGCCCACAUCUAAUCCACAUCAACCUCUCCGGAUGUGGGUUCCUGACAUCAAGGUGCUUAGAAAGCACCAACGCCGUAAAGAUUCGACAAAACCUCCAGGUCCUCAACACAAUAUUCUGUUAUCGAUUUUGGCCAACGUCAGUCCACAUGACAUUUCCAUCGCUCACAGACCUCAAGCUUCAGGUCAUGGACAUGUCUGGUUUCACUGUGGUACGCCAGCUAGUGGCAGCUUGCUCCAACUCUUUACAAUCGCUAGCCAUCAUAUGGCGUUAUCGACUCAGUAUCGAGUCCGUAUUUGCAUCAGCAAGCAUCAACCAAAUCUUACAAAACGUACCCAAGCUCAAAAGACUUGCUUUAGACUGUCAGACCGGAGAGUCGUUAGAAGUGUAUCAGUUUCCCACCACCCUGGUUGAACUUCAGCUCUACUGCCUGUGCGCCAAGGUCACCGUGACGGCGGUUGAAAAUCUCAGGAACCUAAAGCGACUUUUUCUCAAUUACACUUUCAUUUCCCAAUCAACCAUACAGCAAGUCUUGGACGCGAACGGUAGAACGCUGGAGGCUCUUGGAUAUAAUGAAGGCUCUGGAAGACCUUUGACAAAAGCACUCCUGGCUCCAUGCGUAAAUCUGCGUAGCUUGCAAACGACACUGGCUCCCGGCCCAAGUCUUAUUAAUGUCAUUGCUGACCUCUAUCGUCAACGCCUUGAGCAUUUGUCAAAUAAAUGGGAAGGUCACACAUACAUCCCAAGUGCCUUUAAACCCAUUGAAGGAUUAUGGGAGCUGUUAACCUCUAGUCCAUGGCCAAGAAUUCGAUCGUUUGACAUUGUUAAUGCGGUGGUGACAAAAGAUAUUCUCUACAAAUUGCCUGAAGCCUUUCCUAACGUCGAGUACCUUGGGUUCAUUGUAUCCUUGGAACAAGAUCUUUCUCCUGACGAAUGGAUCUCCUACUUCUCCUUGUUCCCAAAUCUGAAAGGUAUUGGUCUGCGACAGGACCUCCGCAUACCGUACCAUGUGAGCGAAUUUUGGAAUGGACGAUAUCUCAAGAAGUUUCAGAGUGCGUAUCAAGACUGGUCUAUGAAUGAACAAUAUUCAACAGAGAACAUAUGCCCUAUACGCAAUCCAUUUGAUACUUGGCCACAAACAAUGAUAUUGCAUACCAUGUCCCGCGAUUCUCCAUCGAGCACCACCAUCCAGCCACUUCAGUAAAGAAUUUCAUCAGGAUAGUUAUAGAGUGUUUAAAUGUUGAUAGAAAGUGUUGCAGUAGCAACAAACUUGGUGAAGAAAUCUAUCCUGAUAUUUACCUGAUGUGUACUGUAUUGUACAAAAACAAAUAUAAAAUGCCUCAUGAAUUUUCACACAACACGUAAAUAAAAUGCGUUAAUAAUCCGGC